CGCAAAACCGCACCGCCCCUGGUCUCGGUGUCUGUUUAUAUUCUCCCUCCCGUCCCCCGAGCUGAAGAAAGCUCAGCUUUUUCUUCUUCCACAUUCCCUUUCCCCACCCCAAGUCUCCAUCACCGCCACUCCCAUAAAUGUUCAGUGAGGUGGUCGGAGAGAAGACGGAAGAAACACUCCAAAAGUGAGAUUCUCUAUUCUCAGCACCAUUUUCUCUGUAAAAAUGGCGGAACCCAUCAAGGAAAGCAAGACCCAGAGCAGCCGGAGACUGUCCAUCAACCUCCCCCUUUUCUCCCUCACUGAUCAGAGAGAUUCCCAGAAACCCACCACCCCCAGAUCUCCCAAGCACUUCGAGGAGCCAAACGGCGUCGUUGGGCUAGGUAUGGUUCCCCUCCUCAAGAGCUCCGGCUCGAGUAGAGCCGUGGUUCUGGCUAUCUCCCCCAGAUCUUCCUCAGCUUCUCAGUCGAUACCCAUUAAUGGUUUCUCUGAUAAUGAUUAUAAGAUGGAAGAGAAUGGGAUGUGCGAGGAGUACACUUGUGUGAUUUCUCAGGUGGGGGCUAACCAAAUCAGGAAAGUUGAGUACUUUAAUGGAGAAUUAUUGGGAAAUGCUUGUAAUACUACUGAUCCUCAUAUGGAUUCAGUGAUGGGCGGAACGGCGCCGUUUGGGACUGCUCAUUUUCUUAGUUCCUGCUUUCUUUGCAAGAAACAGCUUCAAGGUCUGGACAUUUUCAUGUACAGAGGAGAAACUGCGUUUUGCAGCAUAGAGUGCCGGUGCAAACAAAUGUCCAUGGAUGAACUCAAAGAAAAUCGUGGUACCGGGACGGUGAAACCGAUCGAGUUCUCGGUCUCUCCUUGCUCUGGUCCAACGCAGUUCCUCGCUGCUGUGGCAUAAGCCGUCUCCCGCUAUCCUUACAUACAUAAAUAAAUCUAAGAACGACUCGUAUAGACAGGUUGCGAAGAGAAUAAAAAUUUUGUACCACCAGCGUUGAAGUUGUAUUUUACAGGCUGUUUCAUGAACAGAUUGUCUCUGCAUCUCAAUCGCAAGAAAAAAUCUGUUUGAGAUUCUAAUGAGAUGUUGAUGCAUUGAGGAAAAAUAAAAAGCUUUUCUAAAUUUAAGAGGAUUAUGGAAUAACAAACUUCAGUUUGUUUGAACCUGUUUUAGGUUACAAAACUAUAUUAUAUUAUUAUUGGUGUGGUUGUUGACUUGUAUCAGUUAAAUGAUUUAUAAGAACAUUUGCCUAAACAACCCUUUUUGUUUAGAUUCUUAUUACAAAAAAAAACAAAAAUCGC